AUGGCUGCUGCUAGUGCAAAUGAGAGUGUAUGUGCAAGCACGGGAGCAUCCCCUGCUACUGCUCCGGUUGGCACAGGUGAAUCAGCACCUAACCCCCAACCUCCUGCUACUCUGGCAUUGAAGGAAACAACCACAGUUGCUGGAGGUGGAGGUGCUACAAAUGUUGUCAUUACCGAGGAAGAGACUGGAGUAAAUGGAACUUGCAGUGCGGGAGUUGAACCUUCUACAAAGAGACAAAAGAAGACUACCUCAAAGGUUUGGGAUUUUUACACCAAGCUCACAGUGACACACAAGAGAGAUGAUGGAACGACAGAGGUACAAGUUUGGGCGAAAUGCAAGAAGUGCAGUUACAAAACUCGUGGUGAGUCCAAUAAGGGAACAACAGUCCUUUGGAAUCAUGUGAAUGCAAAGCACGAUGUAAAGAAAGGGCAGCAGCAACUUAAAGUUGAAAAGAGUGAAGGUAAAGAUAUCAUUGAAACUUAUAAAUAUGAUCCUGAAGUUAGCCUGAAAAAGUUCUAUCAAGCAAUUGUCAUGCAUGAAUAUCCCUUUGUGAUGGCUGAGCAUGAGUUCUUUGUUGAUUUCAUCAAGUCUUUGCGCCCUAACUUUUCAUUCAAGAGUCGUAUAACCACUAGGAAAGAGAUAUUGGACAUGCAUUUAGCUCAAAAGAAGAAGUUAUUUGACCAACUUAAAACUAUAUCUUGUCGGUUUUCUGCAACUAUGGAUAUGUGGACUUCUAAUCAAAACAAAGGCUAUAUGUGCAUCACAAUUCAUUGGAUUGAUGAUAACUGGCAAAUGCAAAAACGGAUAAUUUGCCUUCCUUUUGUUAAAGGGCAACAUAAAGGGACUGUACUGGCAAGUGAAUUUAUCAAGGGAAUCAUGUCUUGGAACCUAGAAAAGAGGCUAGUGUAUUUACAUAAGGAUAAAUAUAAGCAUUGUGCUCCUUCAGAUGAUGAAUGGGAGAUGGCUGCAUCUUUUUGCAAGUGUUUGAAGUUAUUUAAUGAUGCUACGGUGUUGUUUUCUGGAACUCAAUAUCCAACAGCAAACAUGUUUUGGUGGAAAUUCUGUGACAUAAAGUUAGCAAUUACAGAGUGGUGUGCAAGUGCUGAUAUACUUAUUGCUUCUAUGGCUCAGGCCAUGCAAGAGAAAUAUGACAAGUAUUGGAAAAAGUCCAACAUUGCCCUUGCUGUGGCAUGUUUCUCGAUCCUAGCUCCAGCUCACACAUAUGAGGAAAAUGCUGAUAUUGAAGAAUUUUUGUAUGAGGACGAAGUGAAUCGUAGUGAGGUAAGUGAGUUGGAUGUAUACAUGGCAGAGAAACCAUUUCGGUGGGUUGAUCCUAGUGGUAGUGGUGCUGCAUUUGACAUACUGUCAUGGUGGAAAACUAACCAAGCGAAAUAUCCUAUUCUCUCACGACUUGCUCGUGAUGUGUUGGCUGUCCAAGUGUCUACUAUUGCUUCAGAAUCAGCUUUCAGUUGUAGUGGGCGUAUUGUUAAUAAAUUCCGCACUCGCCUUGAUCCUGAGAUGGUCGAGGCACUAGUUUGUUCAAAAGAUUGGAGCCUUGCAUCUAAGCAAGAUCGCAACUAUAAGAUAGCAUCAAUUCUCGAAGACUUUUGUGAUACUGUCAGCACUCUAGCAGAUGAGGCUGAGACUAAGAACCAGGCUACUGAAGAAGGCAGUGGCGACGCCGAGGACCAUGAGGACAGCGACUUGGAUGACAUGGACGCUUUUCAAAUGUCAAGGCUUUGGAAACACUAUACUAUGUACAUGGAGAGACACCAAAAAGACGGUGUCAUAGAGGAACAGCGUUGGGCGAAAUGCAAUAGGUGCAAUUACAAGGCUCGUGCUGAACCUUGGCGUGGAACUAUGCAUUUUUGGCACCACUUGAGAAGAAGGCACCACUACAACCAUGAGCUAGGCCAAUUUCAGGAUCCUCAGAUCGACGAAGGUGCCGCCAAUGCAAAUGCUGAUAUGGGUGAAGUUCUCAAUGCAAAUGACCCAUGA